AUGUUCGCCGUGAAGAGGAACGCCGUCAUCAGCUUCAACCUCUACUGCGGCGGCGGCCCGGCCCUGCCGCCCGCCUCACCGGGGGCAGACCCAGCACCGCCGCCGCCGCCCCCCGCCAGCGCCGCCGAGGUCCCGCGGGCCCUGGAUGGGGAGGGGGGGAGGCGCUGGGCCACCGCCGGUCCCCCCGAGGCUCCCCGCGCGCUGAUUGGUUGCGGCGCGGCCCCCCCGGCGGCUCGCUGGAGCCCCGAGCAGGAGCUGGACGGCUGCGAACCCGACUGCGAUCGCGGCCCGGGCGGGGGGUCCCUUCCCUCCACGCCGCCCGGGCCCCCCGACGAGCUGUGGCAGGACUCGUUGGAGCUCAUCAGUCGCUACCUACGGGAAGUGGCGGGGGAAGCCGAGCCUAGCGUCAAGAAGCUUUUCCCGGGGUUGCUGGGCGGACCCGGCCGGCCCGGCGGAUCGGGCGAUGCCGUGAUGGAGAAGGCUCUGGAAACGCUGCGGAGGGUCGGCAACGGCAUCCUGAAGAAACACGAACUCGCCUUUCAGGGGAUGCUUCGGAAGCUGGAGAUCCAGAAGGAGGAGGACCUGCAGUCCUUGUGUGAAGUGGCUGCCCACAUGUUCAGCGACGGGGUGACAAACUGGGGUCGGGUGGUGACUCUCAUCUCCUUUGGGGCCUUCGUUGCCAAGCACCUGAAGAGCAUCAAGCAGGAGCAGUGCAUCAGCUCCCUGGCCACCAUCAUCACCCACGUCCUCGUCUCGUCCAAGCGCGAGUGGCUGACGAGCCAGGGAGGUUGGGAGGGCUUUGUGGAUUUCUUUCGAGUGGAGGACAUGGAAGGCAGCAUCAGGAAGAUGCUGAUGGCGCUGGCAGGCGUGGCUGGGGUGGGUGCAAGCUUGGCCUACAUGAUCCGGUGAGCCUGGGGCACAGAGCUGCAGAGGGACAGAGCUCUGGAGUGGACAGGCCCUGUUGGGGGCUGGAGAGCUGAUCACUUCCUCCUCUGAGCACUGGGCAAGCUGGACUUGAGUGAGCCGAGGAGAGCAGCUGGGCCUGCCCUGAGCAGCACUUCCCGAGAGGGAAGGGAAUCUGCUGGGAUGUGGAUUCUGCUGAGGAUGGAGUCCUCUGCCAACAGGAAGUGGGAGAAUUGAUCCUUCUGCUUCCUGUGAGAGGAUGGUGAUGGAAAGCUCAAGUUUACCACUUCAGUUUUAUCCUGGAGGCAACCUGUCUGCUUAGCAGCAAAGCCAGAGAGCACCAGC